UUUUCUACCAUAUGGAGAAACGUGUGCUCACUCGAUACACCUCCCACAUUACACAUGAGGAUCUCAUGAUAAUCCAUAUCCUUAAUGGUCUGUAUUUUGCAACUUUAAGUAAGUAUUUUUUACAAGUUGUUUUAAUUUUUCCCCCCUUUUACGUUUCUAUGGUAGAUUUGGAUUAAAGUCCGAUCAAAGAGCGGCAUGUUUUCAGAACUCAGAUUUAAAAUACAGUUUAUUAAUUAUUAUUUGUAUCAUUAGCACAGAUAAGAAUGCCUUUUUUCUUCCUAUAAAAUACUAAGUAUAGAAAACAUAAUAAUCCAGAAGACUCACAUUUAGCUCCACUUCCUGAAAGUCGACACAGGGUGGAGCCAAUGACACAAAUGUAGACAGACUAUGAAGUAAACUAUUACAUACGGGUAUUAAUUCAGGCAAACGUCACGAUUGUCUACCUAGCAGGUAGUAGUAUUUGUUUAAAGCAUAGAAGGUCAUAUUUGCACACGGAAAAGUAUACAUCCACAAAGAAAUAUAUUUCUAAAUAUAUUUUACUAUAUUCAGAGGCAAGUAUUGUACUUUUUUGACAGCUUUUGUUAGUUUUGUAUAUAUUAAAAACAGAUGAUGCAUUUAUAAAAGAUCUAUCUUGAUAGAACAGUAAAUACAGUCUCAUGUAACAUCCAGAAGCUGCUCAGACGUUAAUGAAUCAGGAAAAAAAUCCAAUAAUAAUGAGUACAUCUUUUCAUAUUAAAGUAUAAUUUGCUGUUGAAAACACUUUUCACAGACCUGCUCUGAUACCGACACUUUGCAGAUUGUUUUUUUAAACACAAAAUAACUAUUUGUAGAUAUUAAAUAUGAAUCGAUAUAAAUUAAACUGCACAACGGUACAUUACAUUAUCACAAUUAAUUUGCUCGUUACAACAUUAAAGUACUACUUGCAUGUUAAUGCAUCAGUAUCAAUAAUCUAAAUAUAUAAUAAUCUAACACGGCAAUACACAAUGACUGAGUAUUUCCAUUUUAAACUCCAAUACAUUUUAUAUGGAGAACAUUUGACGUAUUACUUCACUACAAUUAUUUGAUCGCUGGAGUUACUUUGCAGGAAAAUCAAUUAUGAUGUGCUAUUAUUGACAUUUUCUUAUAUAUCGGUAUAGCUGCAGCAUUUAAACAUGAGUUCAUCAAUAUAUACAGUCCAGUAAUAUUACAAACACAAUGUUGAAAUGUGUCAUUCUGCAUAAUGAGCACUUAUAUUUUUGUUAACCCUAAAACGUGUGUAGGUUUACUUAAAUUUAGUACAAUUUCAAAUGCAGGGCUUUCACCUGCAGUUCACCGCAGAACCGGAAGGGGGCGCGCAGGAGCCCUCCAGGUGAGCGCGACGUCACCAGGGUUUUGGGUGCCGCUGUGCGCUCGUGCUUCGUCGGAGAGCUCCUCAUUCCUCAGUGCUGCCGGGUGACAUCAGGAGCGGAUGUGACCGCCGGGAAGAACGUGAUCCGCUAACUAUGGCCGUGUUUAUCGCUUGUGGAUGAUGUUUUCACUUAUCGUUUGAAAGCUCUGUCUGAUCCCGCCGGCCUCUGAGGACGAGGACCAAAUGCGCCACACUACUGAGAUAAGCAACAAACAAACAAAAAAGCAAAGAGGAUUAAAUCGGGAAUCCGUCACCUCCCCUAAGUAGGUGUGAACUGCCGGCUGCAAUCAUGGGGAACCAGCUGACUGAUAUCGCUCCCAACACGUCCUUCCUGCCAAGCUUCCAGUCUCUGCACGUGGUGGUGAUCGGGCUCGAUUCGGCCGGCAAGACCUCCCUGCUCUACAGGCUCAAGCUGAAGGAGUUCGUGAAGACGAUCCCCACCAAGGGCUUCAACACGGAGAAGAUCAAGGUGGCCGUGGGGCCGUCCAGGAGCAUCAACUUCCAGGUGUGGGACGUGGGCGGCCAUGAGAAGCUGCGCCCCCUGUGGAAGUCGUACACCCGGCGGACGGACGGGAUGGUGUUCGUGGUGGACUCCACGGAGCUAGAGCGGAUGGAGGAAGCCAAAGUGGAGCUCCACAAGAUCACCCGCACCUCGGAGAACCAGGGGGUGCCGGUGCUCAUCCUGGCCAACAAGCAGGACCGGGACUCGGCCUCGCCCGUCGGCGAGGUGGAGAAGCUGCUCGCCGUCCACGAACUGAGCUCGUACACGCUGCACCACGUGCAGAGCUGCAGCGCCGUGGACGGCCGGGGGCUGCAGCCGGGCCUGGAGAAACUCUACGAGAUGAUCCUGAAGCGGAAGAAGAUGGUGAAGCACAACAGGAACAGGAAGAGGUGAACGGCCUCGGCGGACGGCGUGGAGAUUUUGUUUUUAUUUUUUCCCACGGUCGAAGGCCUGGCGGGCCCCUUUUUACCGGGAGAGCGAUUCGCGCCGACGCAACAACAAUUCCGCGCGGACGCAGGGUCGCGAUAAAUGGAUUUGCUCCUAAUAAUUGAAGCGCCGUUGACAUAAUCUCCGUCCUUGCAGCUGCCUGUCGAAAGCGUAAAUUUUAGAUUUAAAAGGGAAGCUGGAGCAGUUAGUCUUCACUAAGUGCUUUUCUACACCGGUUUUAAAGAAUAAUUCUAGCGAGACGUAUGCCUGUUAUCUGUAGGAGUAAUAUUACAUUCACGGUUCAGGUCCCUGUACUAUAUAAAAGGCCCUUUAUAAUCAUUCACAAGCUUGCACAGAUGCUGUCCCACUAAAUGGAUGUUUUAUUUCCACAGAUGCUUCCCUGAAAUAUUUAUUCCACAUUUUCUUUGUGUUUGUGUUGAACAAAGGGAUUUUUGUUUUUUGUAUAUGAUGUGAAAUGAGACGGAGUUCGGUGGUGAUGGAGCACCACGUGAUAUUAAAUAUUCUUGCCAUGGAACUGUAAUCCUAAAUGCAUUCCCUUCGUGGCCACAGAGGUUAAGUUUCAGUUACUACAAUAAUAAUUAUGUUUAUACAAAUUGUACAUUUUGUAACACUGAAGACUUAAUAAAUCUACACUGUACAGAACAUU